AUGGGCACUAGUGUCACUUCAUGCCAGGCUAUCAUGUUCCAAUCCCUUGGUCCUGAUGUAGCAGAUGUAAAGGGCAACCAAUUAUCCAGUGCUUUGCUGUCAGUCCCCCUUACUACAAUGAGGACCUAUAAAAAAAGGACUGAACGAGCUGAUACACUAAAAGAUGUCCUAGAAAGAGCUUGUCAUCUAAUAAUUUUUGACACAAAAAGUAUUGAUGCAACUUCAAAACAAUAUGACAUUCCCUAUAAGACAUUACAUCGUUAUGUGGCGAAACUAAAGGAGAAACUGGAACGUAACCCUAUAGGAUGUGAAGGUGAUGCUAAUCCGUCUGGCUGGAUGAAAGAAGAGAACUUUAUGAAGUACUCCAAACAUUUCGUGAAACAUGUUAGACCUACUAAAGAAAAACCUGAACUUUUGUUGUUGGAUAACCAUGACUCUCACUUGAAGCGUUGGAUUACUUCAAAACUAAUGGGGAGACAGUUUUAUCAUUCCGUCCACAUUGCAGCCACAAGCUACAAUCUCUUGACAGAUCUGUGUACGGACCAUUGA